UCCACCAUGGUAAACACAGGUCCACGCUCAGUUGGUUAGAUGUCAGUUUGAUGCUGAUGUGUACGUUGCGUCUGUUUUGAUGACCAUGUACAUUAAAUGCGGCGAGCUUGUGAAGUCGAAGCUAAUCUUUGACAUGUUUCCUUCCAAGGACAUUAUCAUGUGGAAUUCAAUCUUAUCUGGUUAUGCCUCACACGGUCUAGGAGAGGAAGCUGUUAAAGUUUUUUAUGAGAUGCCUUUGUCUGGUAGUACUGAGCCUAACGAAGUUACCUUUGUUGCAACUCUCGCCGCAUGCAGCUACGCUGGGAUGGUUGAGGAAGGGUUUAAUAUAUUUGAAUCUAUGGAAUCAGUUUUUGGGGUUAAGCCCAUAACCGCGCAUUAUGCUUGCAUGGUAGAUAUGCUUGGGCGUGCAGGACGGUUUGAUGAGGCUAUGGAAAUAAUUGAUAGUAUGACUGUUGUACCAGAUGCUGCAGUUUGGGGUUCUCUAUUAGGAGCAUGUAGAACUCACUCGCAGCUGGAUUUAGCAGAAUUUUUUGCAAUGAAACUCAUAGAGAUUGAACCUGAGAAUUCUGGGACUUAUAUCUUGCUGUCCAACAUUUAUGCUGUUAUGCAUCUCUAGGUAGGUGGGCAAAUGGUGCGGAACUGAGAAAAGUUAUGAAGACAAAGAUGGUAAGAAAAUCACCAGGUUGUAGCUGGACUGAAGUCGAGAAUAAGGUGCACACGUUCACUCGCAAGGGUAUGUGUAGCCAUCCCGAGCAGGAAUCGAUUAUGAAGAUAUUGGAUGGGUUAUUGAGAGAAGCUGGCUAAAAUUCUGAUUGCAGCUAUGCAUUGCAUAAUGUAGACGAGGAAGAGAAAGUUGCUAGCCUGAGAUAUCAUAGUGAGAGACUCGCGG